CCCACUCCCACUCCGGGUCCCACACGCGUUCCCACCCACUCCCACAAUCCCGCGCUGGCGGUGAUGGAGACUGCGCCGACCGCGGCCACUCUGCCCGCUCCCCCUGCUGCCACCCCCACUCUACCCGCCGCCGCUGCCACUCUGUCCAUUGCCAUCCCCGCCACCGCCGCCGCCGCUCCCAUCCCCGCCCCCCGGCGCCGGCCGCCGCUCCCCCAAGCCGCCGAGAGAGCACAGCGGCCGCCCGCCAUGGAGCGCUCUCCGGCCGCCUCUGCCGUGGCCGCGGCUCCGGGCGCCGGGCAACGGGAUGCAGUAGCGGCCGCCGCGGGACGGGAGGCAUCGGAAGUCGGACACAGCCCCCUGCUGCAGUCGCUGAGCUGCUCGCAGAGCCUGGACCAGCGGCUGAGCGAGCUGGGCAUCAGGAAACAGACGUCGUAUAGGAAAGCGAUCUUGAGAUCAGGCCUCCAGCACCUAGCUCCAGAUCAGGCACCCAGCGCCAUCCCAAAGAACGGACCUACCAGAGAAAUGCGGACCAGCCCCGAUUGGACUGAAAAUGCUUUAAACGGUGACCACAUUUGGAUGGAGACAAACGCCUCUGGAGAUUUCUGCUACCUUGGAGAAGAGAACUGUUUAGUGAAGAUAACCAGGUCAGUUCCAAGGCGGAAAUGUGCAGCCUGCAAGAUAAUUGUGCACACAGUGUGUGUGGAGCAGCUGGAGAAGAUAAAUUUCCGUUGCAAGCCAACCUACCGAGAAGGAGGCGGUCGUUGUCUUCGAGAGCAGAGCUUUGUCAGACAUCACUGGGUUCACAGACGCCGUCAGGAAGGAAAAUGCAAGCAGUGUGGGAAGGGUUUCCAGCAGAAGUUUUCAUUCCAUACGAAGGAAAUCAUAGCCAUCAGCUGCUCCUGGUGCAAGCAGGCAUUUCACAAUAAAGUGACGUGUUUCAUGUUGCAUCAUAUCGAGGAGCCAUGUUCGUUAGGUGUGCAUGCCGCAGUCAUUAUACCCCCAACAUGGAUAAUAAAGGUGAAAAAACCACAGAACUCCUUCAAGUCUUCAAGUAGAAGGAAAAAGAGGACAUCGUUGAAGAGAAAAACCAGCAGGAAAGGAGCAGACGAAAGCAAAUGGAAGCCAUUUAUAAUCAAACCCAUUCCUUCACCCUUGAUGAAACCACUUCUGGUGUUUGUCAAUCCAAAGAGUGGCGGAAACCAGGGAAACAAGGUCCUCCAGAUGUUCAUGUGGUGUCUAAAUCCACGACAAGUCUUCGACCUCUCACGGGGAGGACCAAAAGAAGCUUUGGAACUCUACAGGAAGGUGGCAAACCUGCGGAUUCUGGCCUGUGGCGGUGACGGGACGGUUGGCUGGAUUCUUUCCUUGUUGGAUGAUCUGCAGCUCAGACCCCAGCCUCCUGUUGCAGUCCUCCCACUGGGGACGGGAAAUGACCUGGCCCGUACUCUCAACUGGGGAGGGGGAUACACAGACGAACCAGUCUCAAAAAUCCUUUGCCACGUGGAGGAGGGUAACAUUGUACAGUUAGACCGCUGGAACCUACAGCUUCAGAACAAUCCACAUCUACAAGACGACUCCGAAGAAGGGACUCAGAAGCUUCCACUUGGUGUCUUUAACAAUUACUUCAGUCUGGGCUUCGAUGCCCACGUGACACUUGAAUUCCACGAGUCUCGAGAAGCAAAUCCAGAACGGUUUAACAGUCGAUUUAGGAACAAGAUGUUUUAUGCAGGGACUGCAUUUUCAGACUUUCUGCAGAGAAGCUCUCGAGAUUUAUCCAAACACAUUAGAGUUGUGUGUGACGGCACUGAUUUGACGCCCAAAAUCCAGGACUUGAAAUUCCAAUGUAUUGUCUUCCUCAAUAUUCCCAGGUAUUGUGCGGGCACAAUGCCUUGGGGUAACCCAGGAGAUCACCGGGACUUUGAGCCGCAGCGGCAUGACGACGGCUGCAUUGAGGUGAUCGGUUUUACCAUGGCGUCUCUGGCCGCCCUUCAGGUCGGAGGUCAUGGGGAGCGGCUGCACCAGUGCCGAGAGGUGGUCCUCACUACCUACAAGACCAUCCCCAUGCAGGUGGAUGGAGAACCCUGCCGACUGAGUCCAUCGGUCAUCCGCAUCUCGCUGAGGAACCAGGCCAAUAUGGUGCAGAAGUGCAAACGGCGGACCUCCAUGCCGUUACUGAACGAUAUCCACAAGGUGCAGCACGCUGAUCUCCGGCGUGUCUCUGCUCCCCCUGAUAGCUUCACGCUCCCACACACUGUCCCCGGCCGACUUCGGAUGCGGGUGAACAGGAUCGGUCUCCAGGAUUACGAGAGCAUGCAGUACACCAAGCACAGGCUGCAGGAGACGUCCAUACCACUGGGAAUUAUCGUCAUCCACGGAGACUGUGACCUGGAGACAUGCCGCAAGUACAUUGACCGGCUGCAGGAGGACUUUUAUCCAUUGGCACCAGAUGGACAUCAGAUUAAUUACCAGGACAGUGAGACUUACCAGCGACAGACGUUGUCUUCCCAGAAUCUUUCUUCCAAAUGGUGCUUCCUUGACUCAACCUCCUUGGAUCGAUUCUACCGCAUUGACAGAGCCCAGGAACAUCUCCACUUUGUGACAGAGGUGGCUCAUGACGAGCUCUUUAUUCUGGAUCCUGAGAUAGCAACCGCUGUGAAGGCUGGGCCAACCCCAGAGAUGCCGGACCUGGUGGUGGAACCUUCCCCAGGGAAAACAGAACUAUGGAAUGGCUCCAGUGUGAAGUGGAUUGGAAGUGACAGCUGUGACUCUGAGUCUGGGCUACAACACCAACUUCUUGGCAGACAGUCGGUCACCUUAGGACUCCAGAGGCUCAGGCUUCCUUCAUCUUCUGAGGAACAAGAACUUAUUCAUUCAGUCCUGGAGGGAAACAUGCAAAAGUUCAUCGACUCUUGCACUAAGGGGACAAGCCUGAUGGUGUGCACGUCUGAGGGAUACUCUGUGCUCCACUGUGCAGCUAAGAAUGGCCACAAAGAACUUGUAAAGUACAUUAUAGAACAUGGUCCUCGUGAGUUAUUAGAUGUAGCAGUAGCGGAAACGGGCGAGACAGCAUUACAUAAAGCAGCAUCUCAUCGGUAUCGUACAAUAUGUCGCAGUUUAAUGAAUGCUGGGGCGUCGCUGACACAGACUGAUUUGGAGGGCAACACUGCGGGUCACAAAGCAGAGGAGGCAGGGGACCUGGAGCUUGCUGCUUACCUGGAGAACAGACAGCAACACCAGUCGGCGGGGCGUGAGGAUCUGGAGACAGCAGUCUGAGAACGAUGAUGUUGCAGAGACUUUGGAGGGGAGUGCAGGGUUGUCCCAAGACAGCUUUAUGCACUUCCCAUUGGGACUCUCAGUGGCCAUAUCUCUUUGAACACUGCUGCUGGUUAAAGGGAAAGGGAUGGCAAUGAGAAAAGAGGGGAAGUAGUCAUGGAAUUUGCAAAGAAGAUAAUCCCUGCCAUUCAGAGAGCCGGAUGAAGGACAGAACCAAGUGACACCUGACCACGUUGAUCCCCAUCCAAUCUCAAUGCUGCAGCUCUCAUCAAAAACUGCAGAUGGACGUCUUAAAGGAAACGCGUUCAGUCUGUACGUCACAAUGAGAACAGCCAAUCUUCACAAUUGCCUCAUACAGCAACAGGGGUCUCUUGCCGUUUCCUCCCACUGUUAACUCCCACUCAAAGCAAGUAGAAGAGAUGCCAGUUGAGUCUGUGUGCACCUCUUCAGAAUGUCGCAACUAGGCAAGUCCUCCAGAGUCCAGUGGUGGUCAUCAAGGACUUGGCGAGUUUAUGUUUGGCAAGCCUCCUCUUAUCCUAAUGCAUGCAUCAAUGACCCUCUUUGGCAGAGGGCAAUUUUCCAUCCGGGGCAGAGUUUGAUAUGAUCUUGGAGAUAUGUGCUGAACUGAGGGAGGUACUUGCUCUCUCACAGCAAGGCGAGAAGCUAUCUUUAGGCAAAAGCAUUGAGUUUGGACUGUUCCAAAUUUUCAAACACUAGAGCUGUGGAAGGCUGGUCAGAACCAUACUAGUUCAUAAAUGGGCAAAUCUACAUAGCGUACAAUAUUUCCUUUGACAAAUAUUUUAGCGACAUCUUUGCCUUUGGACGGGUUUGAAUGUUUUCGGAAAGCUUGACAUCAUUUCAGAGUGCGGGUGGAUGGUUUAAAAUUAUGGUCUGCUCUUCCUUGGAAUUGUCACCACUUUGAUUGCCAUGGGCCUAAAGUGCUUUUUAUUCAUCCAACUAGUUCCAUUUCAACAAACAUAUCGAUGAGGUGGACCGUCUUGCCCCAUCACCACAACCAUAUUGCUACUGGAGAUUCCAAAGCCAACUCUGCCCCCUCCCCUCUCCCUCCUUCCCGAAUUAGAUCUAAGGGUGCAAAAAGCUGGUUCCCUUUCCAAUUUAAUGGGACAGUUGGAAAGUAAAUGUGAUGGCUUUUCUUUGGAAUUUGAUUUAGUUUCAGGGUUGUCGUGUAACCCAAUCAUCCAGAAAACUUAACCAGUGACUUUCCACAAUUAAAAAAACUUAAGCUGUGAUUUGGGCAACAGGGUGAGGUCAGUCGAGUGCGAUUGAUGUUAACCAAGCUACAAGAGGCUGGUAGAUUCAAAGGGUCGAUAGGACUUUGAAUGUGAUUCUGCUCUGCUGAGGUGAGCAGGAUCAUUUCCAUUUCCUGCACCUUCACCUUCACUCUCACUCAUUCCCAAAACAGUGAUUGAGCUCCCUCCCUCUAACACCUCCAUUCAACGUCAUCUUUCAUCACCUCAAGCAUCUUCUCCAAAAAAAUGUCCUCUCCUUUCCCUCUUCAACCUCCUUGCACAAUAUCCUGAUCCAUCACUGAUGCUCCUCUGAUCAGGGAGGUGACAAGAUCACUUGCUUGUGUAGUUUCCCCAGGGGGAAGGAAGACAAGACAUUUGUGCCUGGUUUGGGGUCAACACUACAGGGUCACACAAGUGGCUCCAGCCUCCCGACCAGCCUACGCAGCAUCCUCCCUCCCGCAAGUGUGGCCACAUCAGUGACUGGCUGAGUUACUCCUGCAUUUUGUGUCAUUGUCCCCACGUGUCUUGCUGCGGCCAUCACCCCACCUCCCUGAAACACGCUCCCCAGGAGCCUCAGGCACCAAAGGGCAAUGGCAACAAACCGUGUAAAAUAAUUAAAUCAGGGUAGAAACAUAAGUCAUGAAUGGUAACAACAGUAAGGUUAAAAUGUGGAUCAGAUGCAUGAUGUUUGUAUAAAUGUCUGGGAGUUAGGGAACAAACUACGUUAUAGGCACAUAGAAAACAGACAAUGUCACAAAACAGCCAGCAACAAGAUGCGAGUGCAAAAUGAAAAGAGUGAAACUAACUAAACUAAGUAUUUUUAGAGAAACUACUUGCUUCCUCCCAGAGGCCAGAUCUGCCGAUGCAGCAGUUGGAGGGAAAAGGUCACAGGGCUGGUAACUGGGACUGCCAUGUGCUCGUGUGAAUCCCAUUGUAAGCACGAAGGUAGAAGAUGUGUCCCAAUGGAAAUGGAAAAAUAAGGAAGUGGCUGACUUAGUAUUAGUGUUCAUGGUGGAGAACGAUGUGCGUAGGCUGAGCAUCCCACUGGAACCACUAUUGAACUGGGAACAAACAGUCACCCAGAUUAAUGUGCCACGUAGGUAAUAAAGAAAAUCAUGGGACUAAAUAGUUAUAAUUCACCUGGACGAGAUAGAUUCCAGCCCAGGGUUUUAAACAAGAUGCUGUCUUCUAGUGAGUGGACCAAAAUGAGGGGGGAAACUUCAUCCUCAUCAGUUUACCUGCUGCAGAUGUAUCCGUUCAUAGCACUAUCGGGAGAAGUGAUCACCACAAUGUCCUUUGUGGAGGCAAAAGACCGCCAUCACUCAGAGGGCAAUCUACACUGUGUUACCUGGCACCAUGUCUAUGCUCAAUCAGAUACAUCCAGUCCACCAGAUAGCAGGCAGUUGAAGAAUGAUGAUGGCGAGAUGCAACUUCGUCAUUGGUGACGAUCUGGUAUCCUGGAAAUUCAAUGGGAUUAAACAGCCUGGGACCUCAUGGCUAGAAUGUCCCUUUAAACAUCAAACUUCAGGAGUAUGCCAGCAAAAACCAAGCGUAUCGAACACCAGGUGUCAACUCUCUGUGUUUAAACUGUGAGCCACCACUAUGCAAUUGCACGAUUGAUCAGGUUGUGGUCUUGCCAGUCAUUUAUAUUGUUGGAGAUUUAAACAACUACCUGGAACAGACAACAUCACAACUCAGUACUUGUGCCAAAAUCAAAACCGAAGCUGUUGCCAGUGUUUUUGGAGAUGUGCCGGCUGGGGUAUCCGUCUCAGCUUGCGCUCCAGAGGACCCCACCAUUCCACCUGCCAGCCUCGGGCAAAUUCAAUUCGUAUCACAUGGGAUCAAGAAAUGGUUGAGUGGAUGGGGCAAAGCAAAGACUGUGGUCUGUGUUGUAGGGGCAUUGCUAAGAACUCGUGCAUCUGAGCGAGCCAACCCUGAUCCACCUGCCCAAGUGCAAUUACAACGCUGCCUACCUGAUGAGAGGUUGCUCAGAUAUGCCCUGGUUACAAGUGCAAAGUACAAAUUACAGCCAGUUUUCACAGUACUCUGUGAGUGGAAGGUAUACGAUUUAAUAUUUUUCACAUCUCUUUCAGAGGACAACAACUUACCUUGUUGUGAUGUGUGUGUGAUGCCAAGUAUUGGAAAAUUUAACAGAAAAGGUAGUCAUUUCCAACUUGCCACUUACCAGUUCACCAACGCCCUAGAACUUGGUUUAAAAGGUUUGUUUAAUGCGUGUGAAAGGUGGGAAAAUUAGGGGAGGGAAUUCCAAGCUUAACCUUGGCAGCCGAAGACACAGCCAAGAAUGGUUGGGCAACCAAGGUCAUUGAUGAUGGCCAGAAUUAAAGCAGUACAUACCUUGGACUGGAGGUUAAAUCAGGAACAUGAGACCAUGAUGGGAUGGGAAUUCUAGAAUGUUAAUGAGCAAGUACAGCGGUGAGCCUUGGUCAGAGGUCGGAAACAGGCGACAAUCUCAAGUUCACAGUUAGUAAAACCAGAAGAGCUUUGAAGUAGCUGUAUCCAGAGGUAGCAGAGGCAGGGCCGAUGGUUUCAGCGGUGAAGCCAGAUGGCAUUGCUGCGAUUGAAGCUGGAAGCGCUAAAUGGACUUCUCCUGUUUCUGACACCUCUGCACACUGCCGUGCACAAGAUAUGAUCAUGUCAUCUGAAUAGUUGCUUUCACUGCCCCAAUGCUAAGUGAAUGGUAUGGCUUCAUCCCACAGCAAUGUCAGGCAACAGAUAGGAGUGCUGGGCACUGCAUGUUGAAAAUUAAUUUCUUCCAGAAAUAGUUGCAACACAUCCCUCUUCCCCAUGUACCUGAAGUGUGUUGAAACGAAAAUGUAAUGGACUAUUGCUAGAUUAUUUACUAGACUGUACGCUUCCUAAUAUGUCACCCGUGUAGAUGUCCACAGGAAUCAUGCACUCUAUAACACACUUCUCCAAUUUUGGAAAUCACACAUCUUCAUUUUAACUCUUACAUUGUCCAACACUUGCAGAGUUUCGGUGAAAUCUUCCUUUUUCCAAUGGUAGUUUGCUUUCAAUCUUUGCUCCUCUCAAACAAUCGCUUUACUCAGAUCACAGUAAUCAAAAAUAAGUGCUGCAACCAAAUUGUUAUACCAAUCCCAAUGUCAGCUAUCCAUCUUCAUUCUGCAGUAAAAAUGAUGUAGAAACAUAUAUAUUCUUACAAGUGGGGCCUAGAUAAAACCGUUGGAUUGUAAUUUCAACACUUCAGUAAACCAAGAGUCAACUUUAUGCUCAGCCAGUAGGAUUUAUUUCAACAAAAGUCCUUGUUAAGUCAGAGCUACUUGCUAGUCCAUAUCUGGAAUGCAGUACGACUACCGUAAUUACAUCCUGGCCUCGCCAUGCUCACUCUGAUCCUCCUCACUCUCCACACUCUCUUCACGCUUCUCACUGUUGCAGCAAAGCACAUCUUGUCCCUCUGCCAACAUGUGUGCACUGCCUGAAGCAUAAGGGCAACCUUUUGCUCAUUGAGGAUGGUCAGGAAAAAUCUUGGGAGUCACUCAGGCAUGUGGCUUCAUUGGCCAAAAUAAGACUUGUAGCAUCUUCCAACUAUUUUGCUGGUGAAAUAUUAAAACUUAGUAAUAUUGCUCAAAUGUCUAGCCUAGUAAUAUCCUUCUGAGUCGCCACAUAAAUUGAGAACAAUAUUAUCUAUUUGCAUUUGUACAGUAUCUUUACCAUCAGGAGAUGUUCCAAGGUAGGUGGAGAGCUAACAGCAGAGUUUCACUGAGGAUAAUUGAGGCCAGACCUGGAAUACAAUGAACCUAAGAGAUGGUGACACCAUAGGUGUUUAUACAGCAAGGGAGGAACAAAAGCACGGAUAGAUUGGAAAAACAUGCAAAAUCAGUACACUGGUACUGAAGCCAAUAUUGCUCAGCAGGCACAUGGCUUAUUGGUUGAAGCAACAGGGUUUUAGAUGAACAUUAAGUACAGUAUUUAUACUGAAAAUGGUUCUGACUGAGCAGUAGGUCAGAUGAUGGCUGGGAAUGAGAAGUGGGGAGUGGUGGUGGACGGACGAUGAGAGUCCAGCAUUUAUUGAUUCAGAGGAAUCUUGGAAAUAAACAGCAAGAUUCACCAAGACCAGGGGAACCUUGACCAAACUGGUAAACAUUCGAUUAUAACACUUGAUGAGACUCCAUUGUGUGGCAAUUGGUGGAUUUUCUUCAGGAAGGAGAUGGAAGUAGUGAAGUGAAGAUGAAUAGUAAAAUGUAUCCUCCAUCAAGACCUUUAAUGAAAGCUUUAAGUUUUAAUAUUUUUGCAAACCAGCUGGAUACCUGGUUUAGGAAUGGUGAUUUGACCUUGCAACUAUUGGUGACCUUCCACUGUCAUCCGUGGUGAUCCUCACUGACCCCUCCCUCACUUUGGGUCUUGAGGAAUUGUCCUCUGCCAUUCAAGCCCCAUCCUUAAAUGUUCAUUUUUGCCGGUUAUCAUUGGCAUCAGUAAUUUGCACGUGAGAAAGUUCAACGGGAUGACAUUCGGAUCGUCACAUCGCAAUUUGAACUUUGCAAAGUAAUGAAGUGAAAAGUCCAAUGUUUUAAACAUUUCGCCAAAGCCAUUGAAAUGUAUAAAUGGUGCUGACACAGUAACCAGUGAAGGGAUGCUGCACUGAAACAAACAGCAAACCUCCACCUAGACUUGCUUCCCAAAGGGUGAACAGAGGAUUUUACAAACAGUGCAAAGGAGGAGGCAGAGACAAAAUAAAUACCAACAAUAGAUCAAAUACUUGUCCGUGUAUAAAUUGCUUGGACCAGGCAUUGUGUAUAUUCACUGAAUUGCACUAAAAAGGGACCAGUCAUACACUAAGUCAACAAGGCUCAAAUCAAGCUGGAUCUGUCAAGGAGAUUUCGCGCCUGCUACAUCAGCUCACCACAGGUAAUUAAUUCUUGUCCUUGAAAUCGCCCCUAGGGGCAGCACCAACUGCAUUCUAGGUUGUAAAUGAUCUGCAUGUUUGUGUAAUGAUAUCAGGUGGAGACCAUUUCACCCGUAAUUAACAAGUGUUUUUGUAGGUCAGGUUCUGUGAACUGAACUGAUUCAUUUUUUGGGGAAUCAAAAGAAAAAUAUCAGGUGCUGUUUGCACUGGGGAUUGGAAGAGGGGGUUGUUUAUCGGAGGGAAGUGAUAGAAGAGUUUGUAAAAUAUUUAUGUAUUUAAUUGAAUUAAUCUUCAGAAUUACUUGUAUCUGCAUUGAAGGGGCAGCUUCUAAGUUUGGAUCUGCUGAAAGGCCACUCUGUACAUUUGUAAGGAACAUUGGGGUUGUCAUGAAAGAGUUUUCAGGGCUUAUAACGAGUGCCUUCAUCAGAAUAAACUACUCUGUAUUAAUGCCAGGAUAACGUGGGAGCAGUUUAUACAAACAAACCCCAGGGCAGACAGUGUGAGAGGCACCAAAGUUAAAAUGCUCCUCUCCUGUGCUCAUCUCUAACAUCUUUAAUCAUUUUUAUCGGCCAAAAAAGCACUGGUCCCUUGUUGCAUUGUGCUUCCAUUACAGGCUUUAGCCAGAAUCUCCUCCUCAUCCUGCCAUUGUGGAUCAUUUCUUCUAUUUCAAAGAAGUAAUAAUGAUUGACACAAUAAUUAUACAGAUGAAAAACCAGACUUUGGUUGUUGACCAUCUGUUUAUAAUCAACAGGAAGUCCUUAGUCAGUUUGGAGAGACUUCCUGUAACGUUAACUGCCUUCUCAAUAAAGAACAAACGGCUACUUUAUUUCUGAUCUCAGUAGUCAGGAGAUUGGGACCAAUCAAUAGAUCAUUUUAAUCACGUGAAGCUUUCAUGUGAAAUUGGUGGUGAUUUUUGCAUGAGACUGUAGUGAAUCAUAAUGAGUGGUGUCUCCCACCCUGAGAUGGCUCGUGUGAACAUACAUGACUGUUCUUGCUUGUAAUUCCUCGGCACUGUGACUGUAGUGCUCGUUCGGCUGUACCAACCUACGUUAAUAGGUUCAUAUUAUCUAUAAAUAAAUUUUUUAAUAUA